UCAGUACGUGAUAUGAGAUCCACAUGGGCAGCUAAAUAUCUUCUCAAAGGGCAAUGGAGUCCCAGAAUAAUGGGCCUGGUUUUGGAGGAAUGCAUGGGACAUCCGGCGGCGAAGCCCACGAUAUUAUUCAUGCGGCAGCAUCGCCGCCAGCGAUGCAAUCGCCUCCUGCCUACAACGUCGGAGUGCCGGCGCCGGUGAGCUGGAUGCGUCUACUGAGCUACAUCCUCCGCAUCAGCGCCAUAGUCUUAACACUAGUAGCCACCAUCGUGAUGGGCACCGCCCGGGGGACCGUCACGGUUCUCUUCGUUAAUCCUCUUACGGGUUUCUUAUCCACCGUCGCCGGAUCGACCAAGUCGACCAACUCCGCAGCCUUCGUGUACUUUAUAGUGGCCAACACCCUUGUGUCGUUCUACUCGGUGGUCUCCCUUGCGCUACUCAUCGCAAGCAAAGCUGGCAAAAGCAUCAUGUUACUGCCCUUCUCCAUAGGCGACCUGGUCAUGGUGGCCCUCCUCUUCUCCGGCAACGGUGCGGCAACUGCGAUCAGCGUCGUGCUGGAGCACGGACAACAACGCUUGGCUAGGUGGUCAGAGAUUUGCCACGCCGUCGGUGGCUUCUGCGCCCGCGUCAACGCCGCCAUCGUUCUGUCGAUGGUGGCAUCCCUGGCGUACGUGCUGCUCGUCGUCCUCGGCCUCCUGGGCCUUCGUAAAUCAAACUACUAGGUUUCCUCGUGGAUGCAAGCCAAUGUGGUGUGCUUCUUCUUCUUCUUCUUCUACUUCUUCUUCUGCUUCAGCGUGUGCGAUCGUCGACUCGUUUGUGUUUGAAGUUGUUCAUGGUGACUUGGAAUUAAUGGUGAAAAUAUUUGUGUAAGGAUGAACAAUAAAUCGGCAAGGAUGCUUCGAAUGAAAA